CCAACUCGGACGCUCUUCCGUGUUACUUCGUGUUCUUCUGAGGGAGACGAAAAGUUUUCUCUCAGCUGGCACGUCCGCUUUAGAAACUUCACCAGCUGGACUAACAUUAGUUUUAAUGUCGCCACUAAAGUUUUAGUAUUUUUUUAAAUACUUUUUACCCUGAGUGGACGGUUUUUUGGAGGGAACUACUUAUGGCUGACAGCCGAAAAGAAGAGGAGAAAAACGGAGGAGGAGGACGGGAGCCUCAAGGCGCCGAGGGUGGGGAAGAUGUCUGUGAUGAUCCCAUUUUGGAGCAAGGAGCAGUGGUCCUCAGAGGGUAUGUAAUUGAGCGUAUAAAUACUGAGGACCCUGAUCGAAAUGUGUCCUCUGUGGACCUGGGAGGACGGCCAAAUGAACAACAGGAUCCAAAUAUCAAAGAAGUGGUGGAACAGCUGCUGAGGAUAGCAGAUGAGAUGAACAGGAAUGCGGAGCUUCAACAUCUGAUCAGCCAGGUUCAGGGAAACUGUGCUCAGGACAUUUUCAUGCAAGUGGCCCGAAGCAUCUUUGCAGAUGGCAUCAACUGGGGUCGAGUGGUGGCUCUCUUCCAUCUGGCCUACAGACUCAUACACAAGGCACUGACGACAAACCAUUUAGAGAACAUCAGAUUAGUCAUCAGCUGGGUUCUUCAGGUCAUCAGAGAUACACUCUAUUCCUGGAUUGUACAACAGGGAGGCUGGGAGGGGGUCAUCCGUGGUUUUUCUCGGUGGAGGACAGUAGCCAUAGUUGCAUCAGUAGCGCUGGUGGCAGCCUUUGUUUACUACCGGAAAACUCGCUGAGGAACAUCACACCAUUGGAUCUCACAACCGGAGCUUCAGCCUUCCCUUCUGGACAAAUGUAGCUUUCUCAUUUUAUCUUUAAAAAGACAUUGAUGUUUUUUAGGCAUGAUUUAAAACCACUCCUCGACUUCUAUCUCCAUAAACCAAAGGAGGUGAAGUACUGUACUUAAGAGGGAGAUUAACUCCAGUCCUCUCAGGUUUCCCACAACGACUUAUACAUUUAGAACCAGCUCCUCCAUCAGGUAUUCUCAUUCUUAACCAGCAACUGUUUACUUCCAUCAGAGCCAUACUGGAGACUCUCAGCAGAUGACGAUGCUCUUGUUUAAGUAAAGCUACGUACCUGACCCCAGGAGAGCCAGAUCUCAAGUUCGGUCUUUCCACGGUUUCUACCUCGCUUCUGGCAGGGGUCCAUGGUCUGGAGUCUAUGCAGAAUUAUGAUUUUUAAUCCUGAGAACGUCUGAAAUUCUCACAGCAUCCAAAACAUUCAUCCCUGGGCAUCGCUGCAGAACAUUGUCAACACAGUCAGACCUCAGUUUUGACCAGGGUAUAGACUGUAAGAUCUCUGCUGCAAUGCUACGCUUGUAUGUUUUUUUUCAUCUUUCAUCAUCCCUGGCUGAGAGAAAUAAUGUUUUUUGCAAUUUUUUUUUUUUUUUUUUUACAAUUUGUUGGAUAAAUUAGACAUCAUUAAAAGCUAAAAUAUCCAUCAGAUAAAUGAACAGUGAAAGGAAUCAUUAGUUGCAGGCCUAAAUACUUAUAGUUUUAUUUUAAGUUAUUUCUGAGUCUCAGGAAUUCCAAGUAAGGAGAAAAGUAAGUGCUUUUAAAAUGCUUUGCUUUCUGCAACACUUCAUGAAAUGUCAGUUGAUAUAAAUUAACCCAUAAAGACUCGAACAUCCACUGUUGGCCAAAACCAUUUACGGAUCUAAAAUGUAAAAUACCUAUUGAUCCACUAAUCCUAUUAAUAUAUGUAAAUAAUUGGUGUAAAAUGCAGUUUGUCGUUUUUUAAUGGUCAUCAGAUAUGACCCAUUUGGACGCAC